AUGACGGAUAGUUUUCCUGGUUUAUCUCUCUCUGGGAGACAGCUGAAUAUACAAACAGAAAAUCCAGCGAAGGAGGAUAAGGAUGUCUUUUUCCCUCUCGAUGAGACUGUGACGAAGCUGAAACAACUACUGGCGCAAGCGACGGAUGAAGGCAGCAACAUUAUUUUUAUCCGAGCUCCUGUCGCUGCUGGCAAAACAACUCUUGCCAAUUAUCUUAGGACUAAGCACAGUGAUGAGUUUGUAAUAGUUGCGUCUGCAACAUCCGAGAGGCAGUGGUUUAAGCAUGUCAUCGAGGCUAGCGGCCAAACGAACUUGGACGUUGAUAAUGUCCGGAAUGCGUUGAUUUCUAUUGCGAAACAAGGAAAGACUAUUAUCAUUGAUGAGGCCCAUCGCAUAUUUGAGCAUCCAAAAGUGGUCGUCACCUUCUUCAAGGAUAUGGAGAUUGCUGAUGUCGCACCCACAUUUCUCCUCUUUUCGGCUUCUGGCUCCACCCAGGACAGCCAAGGCAAUCAUGUGUCAACACCCAAAGAAAUAAAACGAAAGUACAUGUGGUAUCCUCCUAUUCCGAAUACAAGUAUCGACAAGUUGCGCACAGAUCUGGCGGAAGCAAAGAAACCUGUUUAUCUUGAUGCCGAGUCCGUCCAAUUCUUUGUCACUCUCUGUGGUGGUCAUCGUGGGAUCUUUAUGCAUGCCAUGAAGUGGGUCCAGGAAAAGCAGCAGAAUGCACCACAAUCCAGUGUUGAUAUUUCUGAAAAUACAACUCUCAACAUCACAAAUUGGAAAAUUACCCAAACAGUUUCUAAUGUCCGAAAAACGCUCGAAGAAAGCAACAUGAAGACAGGGGCACUGGGGUGGAAUGUUGGUUUGCGGAAGUUCUUGAAGGAAUGUCGGGCAGUUCGCGUGAAUGGCGAUUAUUCCAACAUUCUUAAUAUUCCAAAAGAAUUUGGACUUGUUUUAUAUGGCGGUCCCAAGUUGAUGGAGGAACUUAACAAUCAAGAGCGCACUUUGGCUAUCAGCGGCUUCUUAUUUCCCGAGCGUCGAGACACGGAUAGAGAUAACGAGUUCGUGAAGUAUGAUUGGAAUGAUAGUACUGUCAUAUAUGCAGUGCCGAAUCCUGUCAUGGCUGAGUAUUAUGGUGACAUCUUACCGCAUAAGGUAAAACACUACAAGCGCCAGUUGCUGGAGGAAAAGAAGAAACCGGAUUGUGCUGCCGACUUAAUGGCGCGUGUCCUUCCUUACCUGACCUUCACUGCCGUGGUCGACAACCCAAUAUCAAGAGAAGACGGGAGCUUGAGUAAUUGCUUAUCACGUAAGGGAAUGCCGUAUGAAGAUGAUUACAAUGACGGUUCAACUUGUGCAAUUGAAUCAAUCAUGGCAGCUCAAGAUCUGAAAGCCCAUCUGGAGCAUGCCAAGCGCUUUUCUAAUCCUAAAAAGAUGAACUACAAUAUUUCUCAACAACAGCUUCUGCUAGUCAUUGGUGGAGUCCGAAAACAAGUGAAAGAACGCGUCCAAUACGUGGCAAAAACCUUGGGCAAGAAAGGUAUCCUUGAGAUUGUUGGUCUCUGUGUCUCGCUAAAUCAUGACAGCUAUGAAAUGUUUCGCGAAGGUGAGGAAGAUCCCAUCUAUUUUGUCUGUGAUCGUGUUCCUAAGACACUCAAGAAAGACAAUGACGGACGUUUCGAAACUGCGCAAAUUUGUGUUUUUGAAUGUGAUGACACAGCCCCACAUCCUAAGAAAUCCAAGCCUUCAGAGGAGCCUUCCUACUAG